CCAUAACGCGCACGCCUUCCGCCCCCACCCGCCGACGAUGGACCCCUACUUGGUAGCCGCGUUGCUCGCCCUGCCGAUCCUGUACUCCGUAUGGCGGAACUUCCUGACGAUCAGUGCUUUGUCGCGCAUACCGACGGUUGGCGGACCCUCCAUCCCGAUACUUGACUUCAUCGGCGCCAUUCGCUAUCUUAUGCAUAGCGAUGUCAUCCUCUGGGAAGGUUACCAGAAGUACCGCAAUGGCGCGUUCAAGCAUCGUGAUGUAGACGGUUGGCAUGUCGUGGUCAGCGGGCCGAAGCUGGUGGAAGAACUCUGCCGUGCCCCGGAGAACAUGCUGUCCUUGAUAGAGGCGAGCAAAGAUGCAGUCCAGACGGACUGGACGCUCGGACCAAGUCUCGACCGGGUCGCAUACCAUAUCCCAAUCAUCCGUAAUACGUUCACGCACAUGCACGACGAGAUUGAACACGCGUUCGACGAUAAUAUCCCGAAGACCAAGGACUGGAUCAAGGUGCCUAUGCUCCCUACCAUGAUGGAGGUCGUGUGUCGCACGAGCAACCGCCUUUUCGUGGGGCUGAGUCUAUGUACGCAGAGACCGGACUAUAUCGAGCUCAACAAGCGUUUCACGCUUGACAUCUUCGUUGGCGGGCAGAUCAUCCGUCUGUUCCCUGAUGUCCUGAAGCCAACGGCGGUUCGGCUCCUCACUAAGGUUCACAGUGGGAUCCAGAGAGGCACGAGGCACCUGCAGCCGCUCAUCGAGGAGCGUCUCCGGAUGAUGAAGCAGCAUGGCAAGGAGUGGCCAGGCAAGCCUAAUGAUAUGCUGCAGUGGGUCAUGGACGAGGCGGAGGGCGACGAGCUCCUGGUCGAUCGUCUCGUCAUCCGGAUUAUGACGAUCAACAUCACGGCGAUCAACACCUCCAGCAUGACCUUCAGCAACGCUCUGUUCUACCUCGCGGCCCAUCCCGAAUGGGUGCAGCCGCUCCGAGAUGAAGUGGAGGGGAUCCUCAAGGAGGAGGGCUGGACGAAGGAUUCCGUAAACAAGAUGGCCAAGGUCGACAGCUUCCUCCGGGAGUCUCAGCGCUACUGCGCCCUCGGGACGAAGUCGCUCCGGCGCACUGCGAUGUCGGACUACACCUUCUCUGACGGGACGUUCAUCCCGAAGGGCACGAAGAUCUCGAUCCCGAUGCACGCGAUCCACCACGACGAGGACAUCUACCCGCACGCGAACGUGUUCGACCCCUGGCGCUGGUCCGAGGUCCGCAAGGACGACACGGAGGCGACGAAGUUCCAGAUGGUCAGCACGGGCCCGGAGCACGUCGCCUUCGGCCACGGGCGGCAUGGAUGCCCCGGCAGGUUCUUCGUCGCGAGCGAGCUGAAGUCGAUGCUCGCGCACCUGGUGCUGAACUACGACAUGAAGAUGGAGAAGGAGGGCCAGGUCCCGCCCGUGCGCUGGUUCGGCACGCGUCUGUACGUCAGCCGGAAGCAAGAGGUCAUGUUCCGCAAAAGGCAGACGUGAGGCGCAAUAGCGCCGUAACCCAUUUUAUGUGUAUAGUGGUGCUUUAUUUUGGCUCGUUGUUACUCGCCGUGCUUUCUUACCUGCUCUUAGAGUAUUGUUGUGUCGUUUUAGUUUUAUUGCAUGGACACUUUGGCAUCGCGACUGGAUAACGUAUUACUGGGCCCGGCUAAGUACUCAAGUUCAAAGCGGUCGGCUGCAAAGAGCGUGAUUCUUUGGAUACACUCACCAUGGUGUCGAUAUGUACUUUUGCAUAUACAGCACAGGCUGAGCAGAAUGCCUGUCACUGUAUACAAGCACUGCGUUC